AUGUCAAUUGAUGCUUAUGCAGUUGUGGAGUUUCUCCAAGAAAAAUCAGUUGAAGUUGUUGUUAAAAGUUGGAUAGAGCAUUCUGAAGGGGUAAGUUGUCAUUAUCUUUGUAAUUGGCUUACGAAGAGGAAAGUAAUUUGGCCAUUGCAUAUAGUGGGUUACAUAUAUUAUGAUGUGUUUAAAUAAUUACUGUGCACAAGUUUUGUUAUUUAACCCAAAUCGUCUGGCGUUAGACAGAGUAAAAUAAUAAAGCCACUUAAAGGGUUAAACCUGAUGUAUUUUAAGGAUUUGAUCUGCUAUUGGCCCCGGACUAAUGUACAAAGAAAAGUGAAAAAGCUGGAAAUGCCUGACAAGGAAAACUGGCAACGUUAUAAAGUUAGAAUUUUUGGAUAUGCAGGUAAAUCUUAGUGUGACACUGUAGUGUUCAUAGUUUUAAUAUAAUGCUGCAGUCCUACCUUGUCCCAGACAAACGUUAAGUUAUUUUUGGAUACUGUACAGUAAGUACCGUAAUUAGUCAUCACCAGUUGAGUAUUUAACAGUUUUAUUUACAUGUUUUUAAAUUCAUUUUGUGAUAUUGCAGCCACCUUGAAAAGAGCACAUAAAAUUGCAAAAAGAGCCCUUGCUACGUCCAACGUUGAUAGCAGUGGCAGUGCUGAUGAAGAUUCAGAUUCUGCUCCACGAGAAAAACGACCCCGCAACAAAACUAGUUUGGAAGAAUUUCCUGAUUAUAGUGAUAACGACACAGAUAGUAAGUUUGUUUAUAAGGUUUACAUGGUGAUGUUUUUCUAAGUAAACCACAGAAUUUAAAUGUGUGGGAAUUUUAACUUUCCUGGUGUAACCAUGGCCAAUACUAUAGACAGAUUUCUAAUUCCCAUAUAAAUUGUGACAAUUGACAUUCAUUUUUCUUACUUUGACAAGAACUUGAGCGAAAUAUUGAUAAGCACAAAAGAUAAUAGAUAUAGGAAUUCAUGUUAUCCCCGAGCGUGCGAGGGUACUAAUUCCCCCCGGCUAUUUACACCCGGGGAAAGGGAAACAUUAGCCAAGUCUAAAGUUCAUCGGUCACCAACCAUGGGUGGUCAUCCUCACUGAUCUCAAAAAUAUAUAUGGCUGUUUGCCAGGAAAAUAUAUAUGGCUGUUUGUAGGAUAAGCAAGAUUUCAAUUUUCAAAAGCAUAUAUUUGGAAAAUCACGUUUCGCACAAUGAGCUUUGAAGCAAUUUUUGUUUGAAGAAAUGAGAAGAAUUGAUUUACUGUGGAAAAUCGCGGAAUAUAGGGCAAGGGGUUGCUGCAUGCAUGUAUUUCUAGUAAAUUAUUCUGUAUUUUCACAUGUUUGAUUAUAAAAUCAAUUUCAAGAAAGAUUUUGCAAACGUUCGUGUUAAGAAUUCAUGUUCACGAGUUUAUCAUGACUGCAAUUGUUUAAUUUUGUGUUAAAAGUUAGAUGAUGCAUUUGCAUUUACUGUACAUUUCCUGACCAAGUAAUUCAUAGGCUGAUGAAUAAAAGUACUAAUUAUUGGGACACCUUUUCAACACAACAGCAUUAAUUUUUAACACAACAUUUAGCAAUUCUGAUGUCUUGAUUUACAAUGAUUUGGAAUGCUUGAUUAAAUUGGUCCAUUUUAUUUUCAUUCCGUUAAGAUAACGAGAGUAAUGGAUCAAAGAAGAAGGAAGGAUUUAGUUUUGUUGCUGAACAAAAUACACCAGUUUUGACACCUUUACUGCCUCCAGCACCAACCUUUGUGUCCCAGUUGUCUGCAAGAGAUAGUCUGCAGUCAACAAGUUCUGUAAUAUCUGCAGCAGUUAGUCAGAUAUUAUCUACAGAUCCCAUGAUGGAGCUACUGUAUGUCACAUUCUUCAUUCAGAUACUUGUACAUGGAUUAUUGAUGUGCACUUGUUGUAUGACAGACAUACGUUAUCAAAUUAAAAAUAACUGAUUGCUGUACUUAUUAAAAGUUAUAUAACACCGAAAUAAAUUAUUGUAAUUUAAUUGACUAUUUAUGACACAUAUUAAAUACAAAUUUCCAUUUUACGGACCGUGCAAGGUACUGUUCCAAUUAGCCACUUUUCAAAAACUACAGGGCCUGUAGUUUUUGAGUGGAAGCUGUGUGUAUGUAGUUGUGUGACAUUCUGUUACAGGGCAAAUAAAUGUAUUAUUUUAAGCAUACUUAAAUAUAAUAUUACACUUUCCAAGUUCGCCUUAAAACACUGAAAAUAUUUGCAAAGUGUCUCCCGAAAACAGUUCCACAAAUGAAUUCCCUGCUACCACAGUUUUUGAAGUCGCUAUUCAAUAAAUAACAAUAAUUUAUUGUGUUUUCCGUGUCAUAUAUAAAACUAAUAAUAGACAAUUUCAUUACUGCAAUGGAAAGAAUAUUUUCAUUGGGUAAAAAGUCGACUGUUCCAUUCAAUUCAGAUUUGCCUUGUUAAAUGGAAAUCUUUCACCUCAUGAAAAUAUGCUUACCAUUGAACUCAUUGAGAACCUUAAUUACUGUAAUUGUAUACUAGCACACUUCUUAAAUACUUUUUGUAUUUAUCCUAGGCUUCCAAAGGUCUGUCCUCACCAAACUGGACACCCUUAUUGAAAAACAUGAUGAAACAUUAUCCAUUUUGCGUGUUCUGUUGAGUGCCACUAGAGGAGUAAACGAUAAAGAAUUACUGGAUGAUAUUCUCCCGAGUCCAUUGGAUACGGUGGAAGAAAUCACAGAAUUCUGCUCUCGUUUGGAUGAUGAGGAAUUUAGAAAAAAGAUG